AGGAGGGAGGAGGACGAGGCAGGCGGGCGCCAGCCAGAGCAGCCUCUCCUCGGCCCAGGCGCCCUGGCUUGUCCACCUGGAGGAGCACCCAGGCCUGUGGGGAACUGGUCCAGGAGGCAACAUGGUCCCCAGCCUCUUCCUCUCUCUUCUGCUGCUCCUGAGCCCUGCACCCACUGCCACCCACUCUGUGUCCCUGCCAGCUGCCUUCCUGGAGGACAUGGGGGGCAGUGGGGAGGCUGAGGGCUCGUCAGCCUCCUCCCCGAGCCUCCCACCGCCACAGACCCCGGCUCUCAGCCCCACAUCAGUGGGGCCCCAGCCCACGCCCCUGGGAGGGCCCUCGCCCCCCACCAACCUCCUGGAUGGCAUCGUGGACUUCUUCCGCCAGUACGUGAUGCUCAUUGCUGUGGUGGGCUCCCUGACAUUCCUGCUUAUGUUUGUUGUCUGUGCAGCGCUCAUCACUCGCCAGAAGCACAAAGCCACAGCCUACUACCCAUCGUCCUUCCCCAAGAAGAAGUACGUGGACCAGAGUGACAGAGCCGGGGGCCCUCGGGUCUUUAGUGAGGUCCCUGACAGGGCUCCUGACAGCCGGCCUGAAGAGGCCCUGGAUUCCUCUCUGCAGCUCCAGGCUGACAUACUGGCCGCUACCCAGAACCUCAAGUCUCCAGCCAGGGCUGCCCCAGGGAGUGGGGAGGGAGCCAGGCAGGUGGCAGGCAGGCAGGAGGAUGUGACCCAGGGCAGGCAGGAGGAUGUGAUCCAGGAAGCCUCCGUGGAGAAACCAGAGGUCCAGCAGGAGUUGUGCUCAGCUGAAGGGGCUCCAGCAGCUGGCAAGGGCCAAGAGGAGCCAGAAGUGUCUUUCUCCUUAGCCCAGGAAGCCCAGACACCAGCAAGUCACCUUCCCCCCGAAAGUCCCUGUGCAUGCAGCAGCGUCUCCCCCAGUGUCUAACAGGCUCCAGAGCUGCUGGCCUCCACUGUGGGACCCCCAGUGGUUGCCUCCUUGGGCAAAAAAAGGCUUUCAUCUCUGACUGUUUCCUCACAUACCUUCUUGGCCAUCUGGGUGUCAAUCCCAGCACGUCCAGACUUCCAGUGGGCAGAGAUGCUGGUCUCUGGUUAACCCCAAGAAUGCCUCUGCAGUCCCAAGGGGCUCCCUGCCAAGGCCCAGCUCUGUGGGGACAUGCA